AUGGAGCUCAUACCUCAUUUCCCAUACAGGAAUCUCAGGCUCAGAGGCAAUAAUCAGACAUUGGGAACUGAUGGAACAGCAACUGGAGAUUUGAUAAUGGGGGUGAUCUUCUUAUCACAGACUAUUACAGGAAUCCUGGGGAAUUUCUCUCUUCUUUCCCAUUAUUUCUACCUCUCUCUCACAAGACGCAAGUUUAGGCCCACAGAUUUGAUCAUCAAACACCUGACUGUGGCCAACUGGUUAGUCAUUCUCUCUGGAGGAGUUCCUCAAACGAUAGCCGCUUUGGGGAUGAAGCAUUUCCUCGGUGAUAUUGGGUGCAAACUUGUGUUCUAUGUACAAAGAGCCAUCACCAUCAGUCCUGAGAACCCCAGGUGGGCAGAAUUUAAAGCAAAGGCUCCCAAAUACAUUGGCCCUUUCAUUAUACUCUUCUGGAUAGUCAACAUGAUACUGAAUAUCCUGGUACCUCUGUACGUAUAUGAGAGAACAACCAACAAAAAUGUCACAGAGAAAGUCGAUCAUGUGUACUGUGUCUCUGUGAAUCCUGGAGAAUUCAUAGAGUUCCUGUAUGCAGCUGUAGUGUUUUUCCAAAAUGUUCUUUUUGUGGGCUUCAUGCUGGGUUCCAGCAGCUACAUGGUUUUCACCCUGUACAGGCACAAGCAGCAGGUCCAGUACAUCCAUAGGACCAACAUCUCCUCCAGGUCCUCCCCAGAGUCCAGAGCCACCCACAGCAUCCUUGUCCUGGUGAGCACCUUUGUGUCUUUUUGCAUUUUCUCCUCCAUCCUUCAUAUUUGCUUGACUGUUUUAAACAAUCACAAUUUGUGGCUGGUAAACAUCGCUGCACUGAUCACUGGCAGUUUCUCAACUGUGAGCCCCUAUGUUCUCAUGAGCCACGACUCCAGAGUGCCCAGGCUCUGCUGUGUCCCCACAAGGAAUACAGAAUCCUCUACCUAG